AUGUCGAUCUUACAGGCUGUUGUACGCGGAUUCCUGCGUGGUGCCGAGAGAGGCAUGACUUCCAAGCGUGGCAAUAAAAACUUCUAUAAAGGAAGAGGGGCUAAGUCCAGCGGGACAAAGACAAAAAGAGGUGGAUUUGUAGUGCAACCACAUAAGAUUCCGGAAUUAAUGGUGCCUGAUUUGACCGACUUUGAGCUAAAGCCGUACGUUUCCCAUAAAGCUUUAAAGAUCAAUCCGCCUAUCGUUACAUCAGAAGAUUUGCUAACUCGCUUGCCAAUAAAUCAAGAGAAGUCAACGAUAAGACCACAACAAGCUUUAGACCUUGGUAGCCCAAAGAAUAAGAAAUAUCACGAUUUCAGUAAUAUCUCGUUACAAAGUAAAACGUAA